UCAAAAACGAAAAUCACCUUUUAUAUUAUUGUUGAAGCAUUCGUGAAAUAAAUAAAUAAAAGAAGGUAUACAAUGUAUAUCAUAGAAGAAAUAUAAACUUUAUUAUAAAUGAAACUAGAAAAUGUUUUUAGAACGAGUGAUGACAGGUCAUGAAUAUGGUGGACGCAUAUUUCAUUUCCAUAUUUCUAAUUAUAUUAAUUCUUCUUACUUUCGGAGAGACCAUUCUAGGAAAUCGUACAAUGGAUGCUUUGGAAGAACUACCAAUUAAUUUUGCUGACAAUGGCUCUCACGUUGGAGCAGCAUGCGUGAAAUCAUGUAACGAUAGUUUGUUACAUGUGUAUUGCAACACAAAAAUAGGAAUGUGUCAGUGCGACAAAAACUACCCUGUAAAAUUAAACCCUUAUGUUGGCUGUAGUAAACCAAAACGCUUAGGAGAUCAAUGUUAUUACAUAGAGGCUUGUCAAUAUACAGACCAAUAUUCAUCAUGUAUACAAGUUCAUCACAACGCUGUCUGUCAGUGUAGAAAAGGCUAUCAUUCUGUAUCGCUUCAAAAACCCGCUUUGAAAAUGUUUUGCUCAAAAGAUAUUGUUAUAAUCACAACCGACUUUAGCACCUUUAUUGGAGUCAUCGCAGGAAUUGCUGUUCUAACAGGCUUAAUUUGUUUUACUCUACAUCUAUUCAAUCAAACACUAUAUGAAAAUCAUCAUCACAGAUUUGGAGAUACGAAUUUAAUACCCACGACGUUAUUUGCAAACAAUUCAGAUCGACUUCCAAUGCCAAUGACCGAACAGAGUAUGACAUCCAGAACAUCAAGCCGAAAAAGUUUCACGUAUCAAUUUCAAAAAGCUGGUUCCUCACAAAAUUCACACAUCAGUUCCCCUCGAACGGCAGCUGUCUUGUUGUUAUCAUACCAUGUUCCUUCCAAUGAGGUUAUAUGUAAAACUGAUAAAAAAAUGGGUAGCAGACGGCCUAGUUAUUCUUCAGUUCAUAGUACAGUUUCAAUAAAUAGUUAUAGUUCUAGACGUUUGGAACGUGAUAGGGAACAAAAAGAAGAAAAGGAGAUGCAACGAAGAUUAUCAAAAAUUAAAUCUGAUAAUGUAAAUACCACCAAUUUUAAUUUAAAUUCCCCCGACAAUACUUUAGAGGAAAGCGAAUACGAGGUUUCUCUCCAUUUAGCAAAAGAAGAAUCAAUGACAUUACGUGAAGAUAUUCCAUCAACUUCAAACCAAUCAUUUUGAAACUAUUAAUACAAUUUUUAUCGAAUGCAUCGUAAAAAUUCUACAUAUCAUAGUUUAAAUCAUCCU